AUGGAUCACUUUUUGAUUCAUGGGGGACUUCCUCUGAAAUACCAAUGCACAAAUCGCUCGCAAACUCAUGAAAUGCCCAACGUUCCUCUCGGAGUUUACUGUAUUGUCUUCGGAUUAAUAGUCAUUGCUGACUUAUCCGAACUUAUUGCAGUCAAUAAUAUGCUAACAGUUACUCUCACAUUUGCACUGUACUUCGCGUUUUUCUUUUCAUUUCUUUACAAAUAUCAUCUUACGUUCGGAUAUAGAAUGUCCUAUCAUGAAAAGCAAAUAUUCAUCCAAAGCACUGCUAUCUCUGCUAUCAAUCUUACUUUGGCACUAAUUUAUGUGUAUAUGUUAUACUUUCCUGCACCUAUCACAAUGAUUAGAGCUACUUUAUUUCUGUGGCAUUUUUCCACAUGUGCGUGA